UAAGCAAUUAGCUGAGUCCAAAAUUGACGGCACCAGACACCAAAAGAUGGAAGAGAUGGCUCGUGACGAUUAUAAGCAGUUACUUGACUCACAAGAAUUUCAGAGGAAGAGCCACCUCCAAAAGAUUAAAGAUCAUGUGAUGAGGGUGCUAAACAGAACAGAUGGGUUCAAAUUAUCCUCUAAGAGAACCCCAAUGGAGGCAAGGAUGAGUCAAAAGAUGUUUCCUGACCAGAACACUGGCUUUCAGGUUCAUCCUUACAACAAUCUUGAUAAAUAAACACAUGAAAUUUUGCAAGCUAAAGGCUAUUCAAGAAGCCGAUUACAACAAAUUGGUCACUAAAAAGAAAGAAGAGCAGCAGUCAGCCAAGGACCUAGUCUCACAAAUUCUCACUAAGAAAAAAGAUCACAAUCUUCCCAAGCAGAAUAGAAAUCAUGGCAAAUCACUCAACCUGACUUCAAUCCACAAAGGUAGAAAGUAUAUGGGCUAAACCGAGCCUUAUGAGAUAAACUGUGGGAUUCACGGACUAACUCAGCCGCCCAUAGACCUUGUAAACAAAGCUUGGUACUACUCUCACAAGAUCAGUCCUCAUAAAACCUCUCA